UGGUGCGGAACGUUUCAGUUUGUCCGUGACCGUCGACCGCGUCCAACAUGGUAAAGUGUGUGCUUCUCUGCCUGCUGGUGGGCCUCAUUGGCAGCCAGGCCCAAACGCCAACCCUGCUCCGCGACACCAUCUGGGGCGAGUUUCCCUCAGUGGUGCGGGUGAAAACGCCGCGCGAAAAUCAGUUCUGCCUCGGCACGGUCAUCAACAGCAACCACGUGCUGACGUCCGCCUUCUGCGUGCUUAGCUACGAUCGGAUGCGCAUCUUCCCGGCCCGGCUGGUGCGCGUGAUUGGUGGUGACAUUAGUGUGACGCCGGCCGCGAUCACCCGGCAGACGCGCACCGGGCAACACAUCUUUGUGCACGAAGACUACCGACCGCAUACGUACGAGAACAAUCUUGCCAUUAUUCGUCUUGCCGAACCCUUUCACCUGCCGAGCAAUGCGAUCGAGGAAGCCGUGAUACGGAUGCGCAUCGUGCCCGAGCAACAUCCGUGCGAUGUGGUGACCUGGUACAGGGCACCCGGGACGGAGGGUAACCCCAGCCAGGAAAUACCACGCCAGCAGGCGUUCAACGUGAACAUCCGCAACCGGGAUGUGUGUGCGGCGGAACGGCGCACCGAGUUCACGCUCGAGGAAAACUCGCUCUGCACGUACACGACUACCGCGAUCGGUGUCGUGCAGGGCGAUCCGAUGUUCUGUGACGGUGAGCUGACAUCGAUUCAGUCGUACGUGUUUCUUCCUCCGGUGACCGGGCAGCCGCAGCCGCAGCCGCAGAGUCAACCGAAUCUGGUAUCCACCCAGGUGCGGUUCUACCUGCACUGGAUACACACGCAGCUGAAUCGUACCCAACCGAUGCCGGGCGGGUGGAAUCCGGUAGAGUACUAGCAGGAGCAGGGGAUGAAGUUUAAGAUACAAUAAAGCUGUUUUUUGCCUUGCACGGUUUACUAGCAAAAUUGUCC